GGCUUUCCAAUUCCAGACUUUUAACCAGAGGCUGCUUCUUCUUCUUCUCCACAGCAGCCGACGCUGCCCAUGCCCUCGCCGCCCCAAACCCACCAAUCGCCGCCGCCGCCGCCGCCAACAGAUCCAAACCCCGCCGCCCCCGCGGCGGCAAAUGCCCAGCGAACACCGAUUGAGGUCGCGUCGCCGUUGCCGGAGGAGACCGCGGCACCACCGCCGCCGGCGGUGCAGCCGAGGAUGAUCAUCAAGGGGAUGCUGGGGCGGUACGAGCGGUGGAACCCUGUGCACCCGACGGCGGGCGCCUUCUGGGGCGUCGGGCUGGGCCUCGGCUGCGGGGUCGGCUGGGGGCCAGGGUUCGGGCCCGAGGUCAUCGGCUACGUCGGCGCCGGCUGCGGCUUGGGGUUCAGUGUUGGUUUCACGCUCGCCGGCGUCGGCGUCGGCCUGCCGCAGCACGGCAUCAUCAAGAACCACUACCAUGGAGGUUUUGCCAGCAAUACCCCUUUUGAAUCUGCGAGGUUUUACACCUUGACCAUCAUCAAAGGUAUGCUAUGGGAUGCCAUCAGUUAUGUGAGCCAUGUCGCAGCUAUGAGGAAAGAAUCUCGGCAGAAGCUUCUUAGGUUUCAUCAGGAGAACCCACCGGUUUCGGGAGGAGUUGAUCUGCCCAAGCUGGGGAAGGGUGUCUCGAGCAGCGUCAGAUCCACCAUGGAUUGUAUCAAGGCCUUCACAAAUCAGCGCUGGUCUCCGUAGCGGAACCCAAGUAAAUGGAAGAUCGAUACAUUGGAAUCAAGCUUAGCUUGGUUGAUCGAUCUUGUGUGUGGGCAAGCCACACACACUGGAUCGAAUCCCGCUGGUGCAGGGCCUGAUAUGGUGUCCAAACCCUGGCCGGGGGAAGUUAAAGAUCGAUCUUUAUGAGUCAGGAUCCCUCGUAUGGUACACUUCAGAUUCAGAUAUCUUCAAUUUUUUGUACAUGGGGAACUUUCUAGUGUUUUCCGGUUUACAGAGGGAGAACUGUUCCAGUUCAAGAACAUGGCAGCCUGUAAUCUAGCUAGUGAUUCAGGUAGAAACAUCAUCAGAUAAAUAUGUAAUAUAGAAAUGCUUGUUUACCUGAGCUUUUCACUACAAUACAGUAUCUGUGGGAUGAAACUCUUUGAUC